GCCGACACUUAGGGCUGAGCCGUGGACAGAUAAGCAACAAUUGCCGACACUUAUUUGUCCCUGCAGCAGGCUAAAUUAUUGUAAUUUCAGGAUAUAGGCACCUUAGAAAAGCCUCGGGCUAAUAACAGGAAUGUUUUCUUCGUCUGUCUCCGUGGUUGAACGGGACGCCGGCGAGUAACAGCCAAUUGCUGGGUAAAUGACUUGAGGCACUCUCGUCGAAGUCAGCGGACAGAGAAAGCGGUUUUAUGGGAAAUGAAUGUGACCGGGAAACAGCAACCUGAGCUGAACGAGCGACCCGCCAUCCUUUUGGUUCCAACUUCGACAAAAUCUGGAAUUGCUUUGCUGUACAAUGAGGAGACCAACAAUACCUAUGAUGUCUGCCUGAAAUUGACCAAAGAGGCGCUAACCCUACAGAAGCUGGACGUGGUUUGCACAAAUGGAAGUGAAUCCCAAGUAAAUCACAGAACUGUUGUACUGCGAAGACAGGCGGCUGGUGGUCUGGGUUUAAGCAUCAAAGGGGGUGCAGAGCACAAUGUCCCUGUGGUUAUUUCAAAGAUUUUUAAAGAUCAAGUAGCCGAUCAGACAGGGAAGCUGUUUGUCGGGGACGCUAUGUUGCAGGUCAACGGUAUAAAUGUAGAGCCUUGUACUCAUGAAGAAGUUGUUCACCUCUUGCGCACUGCAGGAGAUGAGGUCACCCUUACUGUUCGCUACCUGCGAGAAGUUCCAUCAUUUCUUAAACUGCCUCUAGGUUCUCCUGGGCCGUCCACAGAUCACAGCCGAGUAUCCUCUCCACUCUUUGACAGCGGCUUACAUUUAAAUGGAAACGGAAACAACAUAGCUCCGUCGCCCCCUUCGCCCUCAGCUAAUGAACCAAAGUACGAGAAGCGCUGGCUGGAUGCCGUCUCCCUGCCCCUGCUGAUGGCCAGAGUCUCCAGAUACAAAGCGGGCACCGAUAAAUUAAGGUCCAACUGUUUUGAAGUGUUUGCCUUGGAUGGAGCCAGCACAAAUAUUCUUCAAUUUUGCACUGCAGCAGAAAGCACCGACUGGCUCCAAGCAAUAUCUACAAAUAUCAACGAGUUGACACAAGAGAAUAUAAAGAUCAUCAACAAAUACUGCUCUUCAGAUGAUCAGAUUGUUCACAUGGGCUGGGCAUGUGAAAGCCCUGAGGGUAGCGCCGCUGGUAGAGCUUCAGCUUUCAAGUUCCUGGCACUGAGAGGACCAUAUUUUUAUAUCUUCAGAAGCCCCCCGAUCAGUGCUGCUGACUGGGGACAAGCUGAAACCACAUAUAACCUCUAUGAGGUUCUUUUCAAGGUUCACAAGUUGUGGAUGGCAGAGGACUGCUGGCUCCAGGCUAGGCUCUACCUGGGGCUCGAGCAUUCCCCCGAGCAGCAGGACGGCGAGUCACUGUGCUUCAGCAUUCUGGUCGGCCACGGACAGAGCCAUACCUUCAGGGUGGAGCUGGCCUCGGACCUGGCUAUCUGGGAGAAGUCCUUCCAAAGAGCUGUCUUCUUGGAGGUGCAGAGAAUACGAUCCAAAAGCUACAUGUGCAGCAGCCAGGGGAAUGUGCUGUGCUUCACCAUAGAUUUUGGAUCAGGCUUCACCUGCUCAGAAGGCUCUUCAAAGAACGCACUGUGGCGAUAUAAGUUCUCUCAACUUAAAGGCUCCUCUGAUGAUGGGAAAACCAGGGUGAAACUGCUUUUCAAGAAUGCUGAAAGCAACCAAAUAGAGAUGAAGGAACUGGAGUUUGCGAAUCUUACGGCCGUCCUUCACUGUAUACAUUCUUUUAUCGCUGCCAAAGUGGCCUCCAUGGACCCUCUCUUUAUGUGCAGUCAAAGCUUCCUUGGAAAUUACAUAAACAGUUAAAGACUCAUCCUCAUUGUCAUGUGCACCUGUGGCAAACCCGAAGUAUUUUAUGCACAGAGCUAAUUAAUAUGUAUAUCUUGUUCUUGCUAUUUUUGUAUGAACUACUGAGAAAAAGAGUAUUUAUAAAUGACUGUAGGUAGAUAAUGUAUACAUUAAUGAUGGAAAGAGAAUUUAAUUUUUGAUCCAGAAUCUAAGCGUAUUUGCAGUUCUUCCAUUUAUUUCAAUAUGUUUUUAUUUCAUUACAUAAAGGACAUUGAUCGGAGGAUACGUUGAGGUGAAAUUGAAAAGUAGCACCUGCUAACAGUUGACCUGUAACUGCCUUACAUUUGAGAGGGGAUACAGAUUGCUCAAUAUAGCCACUGCCGCUGUUUUUAACAGAAAAUCUCGGCUUAUACUUCAAUAUUUUGAAUAGAUGAAAUGAAUCUGAUGCUGUCUUACUGUAAGGCGGUUAUUCAUAUUUGUCUCACCUUUGAAAGUAUUUUCUCCGAUUCUAAUUCGCACUUAACAGUAAUGAAAAGCUAUCCGGUUGGUCAUGUCUUCGAGCAUAAACACCUUACAAUUUAAUGCAGUCUGAUAAGCCUCCAAAUAGCCGGUGAAUUGAAUCAACAUAUCUCAUAUGGUCUCAAUUUUUUUCACAUAAGGCAGAAAGUAGCUGCUGGGCUAAUUUAUUGUAUUAUGUUUGUGCUAUUGUGAAUAUUUUGUUUCUUAUUAAGGCAACUUUUUCCGAACUCAGUCAAAUGUGGCGUUUCAGCUUCAAAGUAUUGUUAAAGACCCACUUUUAUUAACUCAUAGUCUAAUACAGUGAACAUACUGUAUGUCCUCAGUUGCUUUAUGUAUUGGU